AACGAACCAAAAUUAUUUAGAUAACUGUGAUAUUGAUUGUACUUUUAUAUUUAAAAAUGUUAAUAUUGACAAAGAUAAUCAAAAUCAAUGUUUAAAAGAUUUUGUUGUUUGUCUUGGUGAAUUAAAGUCACCAACAUUUUCUAUAGAUCAAACAUUAUGUAUUGGACAAUUGUUACAAUAUAUGACUACUCUAUUGAAAAUACAAAAUCGUGAAAAGAUCUAUGGUUUUUUAACUAAUUUUCAAUAUAUGACAUAUUAUUAUGUAGAAAAACAUCAGUUUCCAAAUUUAUAUACUUAUUAUAAAAGUCAACAUAUAAAAAUGUUUAAUUAUUCAUGUAAAAUAUCAUCUAUUAAUACGACAACAACUGAACAAAUAACAAAUAUAGAUUUUAAUGAAAAUGGAUGGAAAUUAUUUACAAAAUUUUUAACAAUGAAUAGUGAUUUUUAUCAAUAUACAGCAUUAUAUAUAAAUCCUUCUAUUGAUUUACUUGGUCAAAGAUAUAACAUAAAGAAAAAAUUAGGAAAUAGUUUAAGUUCAAUGGUUUAUUUAUUAAAAAAAAUGAAACUAAUUAUUCCAAUGAUGAUUUACAAUGUCUUGUAA